AUGGCCGAAUCGACUACCAUCUCCAACACGGAGAAUCUCAUGAAGUACAUGGCCCUCGACCAGCGAGGUACCGUUCAAGCCGAAUACAUCUGGAUUGACGCCGUCGGUGGCUGCCGUAGCAAGACCAAGACCCUCUCCAAGCCUGUCCAGUCGGUCGACGAGCUCCCCGAAUGGAACUUUGACGGUUCCUCGACGGGUCAGGCCCCUGGCGAUAACUCCGAUGUCUACCUGCGCCCAGUUGCCAUCUACCCCGAUCCCUUCCGUCUGGGUGACAACAUCCUCGUCCUCUGCGAGACCUGGGAUUCGGAUGGAACCCCCAACAAGUUCAACCACCGUCACGAUGCCAACCGCCUGAUGGAGGCCAAUGUCAAGGAGGAAUUCUGGUUCGGUCUGGAACAAGAAUACACCCUCCUCGGUAACGAUGGCUGGCCGUACGGAUGGCCCAAGGGAGGUUUCCCCGGUGCCCAGGGCCCUUACUACUGCGGUGUCGGAACCGGCAAGGUCUACUGCCGUGAUAUCGUUGAGGCUCACUUCCGCGCUUGCUUGUACGCUGGUAUCAAGAUCUCCGGUAUCAACGCCGAGGUCAUGCCCUCGCAAUGGGAGUACCAAGUCGGUCCCUGCAGCGGAAUCGAGAUGGGUGACCACCUCUGGUUGUCCCGAUUCAUCCUCCACCGUGUCGCCGAGGAAUUCGGUGUCCGCAUCUCUUUCGAGCCCAAGCCCAUCAAGGGUGAAUGGAACGGAGCUGGUCUCCACACCAACGUCUCCUCCGCCUCGAUGCGUGCCGAUGGCGGUAUGAAGGUCAUCGAAGCCGCCAUGAAGAAGCUGGAGGCGCGUCACGUCGAGCACAUUGCCGUCUACGGCGAAGGUAACGAGGAGCGUCUGACCGGCCGUCACGAGACCGGCGACAUCGACAAGUUCAGCUACGGCGUUGCCGACCGUGGUGGCUCGAUCCGUAUUCCCCGCCAAUGUGCCAAGGAUGGCAAGGGUUACUUUGAAGAUCGUCGCCCUGCCAGUAAUGCUUGCCCUUACCAGAUCACUGGUAUCAUCGUUGAGACUCUCUGCGGUGGCCUUUAA